GGCUCCACGUGACCCGCGGGGGGAACGGCCGCGGGGCCCGAGCGGGCGAUUUGAUAGGCUCCCCCGGCCGGCCUCACCACGCCCUGCCCAGCUUCCCUUCGGUGGCGCGUCCGGGAGGUGGAGAGAUUGAGAUGAAAGGGAAGAGGGAACGCUUGCGGUGGUCUGGGAGGAGGGCGGGGGUUAUGAAGAGGGAGGCAAAGGUGAGACCGCAGGUUGAGGGUAAGGGGCUGCGGCCGAAGAGGGCUCAUGACACCGACUCCAGCAGGCGCCAAUCAGGUGACACAAAGGCGGACGGGGCGGGGCCUCCGGCGUUGCUCCUCACCUGGCCCCACACGUGCCGCGCUAACCCUGGCGUCCUAACCAAUCACGGCCCGGAAGGCUGCGCCGGCCCAACUUACAGGGCAGACCAAUCCAAAGCCGCGAUCCGGGGAAGCUGGCCUGGCCUCAUGAAUAAUUAAUAUGCCAGAGCCUGUCCGCAGGCGGGGUAGGGAUGGAGGGAGGUGGGGGGGUGCUGCUGGGCGCCUGCGCAGUAGCUGCCCGUGUCGGCAGCUGCUGCGGGUCGCACGGCUCCGGCCCAUCUCGGGGGGCGGGCGGGGGAGGCGAGGCGCGCGAGCAGAGCGCGGGGCACGAUGUCGGACGCGGGCGGCGGGAAGAAGCCGCCUGUGGAGCCGCAGGCGGGGCCGGGCCCGGGCCCGGGGCGCGCAGCUGGGGAGAGGGGCCUGCCGGGCUCCUUCCCACUGGUCCUGAAGAAGCUGAUGGAGAACCCCCCGCGGGAGGCGCGCCUCGCACAGAUUUUGUGUCUGCAGAUAAAGAAAAAGGGAAGGAAAAGCUGGAGGAAGACGAGGCUGCGGCAGCCAGCACCAUGGCCGUCUCAGCCUCCCUCAUGCCCCCCAUCUGGGACAAGACCAUCCCUUACGACGGCGAGUCUUUCCACCUGGAGUACAUGGAUCUGGAUGAGUUCCUGCUGGAGAAUGGCAUCCCCGCCAGCCCCACCCACCUGGCCCAGAACCUGCUGCUGCCUGUGGCCGAGCUGGAAGGGAAGGAGUCGGCCAGCUCUUCCACGGCAUCCCCACCAUCCUCCUCCACUGCCGUCUUUCAGCCCUCUGAAACCGCGUCCAGCACAGAGUCCUCCCUAGAAAAGGAGAGGGAGACACCCAGUCCCAUUGACCCCAACUGUGUGGAGGUGGAUGUGAACUUCAAUCCUGACCCUGCUGACCUGGUCCUCUCCAGUGUCCCUGGCGGGGAGCUCUUCAACCCUCGGAAGCACAAGUUUGCAGAGGAGGACCUGAAGCCCCAGCCCAUGAUCAAAAAGGCCAAGAAGGUCUUUGUCCCCGAUGAGCAGAAGGACGAAAAGUACUGGACGAGACGCAAGAAGAACAACGUAGCGGCCAAACGGUCCCGGGAUGCCCGGCGCCUGAAGGAGAACCAGAUCACCAUCCGGGCAGCCUUCCUGGAGAAGGAGAACACGGCGCUGCGGACGGAGGUGGCUGAGCUGCGCAAGGAGGUGGGCAAGUGCAAGACCAUCGUGUCCAAGUAUGAGACCAAGUACGGGCCCUUGUAACCCGUGCCCCCGCUCGGGCAGCACUGCCUGCACCUCAGACCUCUGCCUGGGGGCUCCCUGAAACCCCACGCACGCGUGGAGACUUAUGACUCGUCACGGUCGAAUGGUGGCACACCUGCUCCAGGAGCGUUCACGUUCAAGCUUCAUUAUCACAUGGCCAGCGCACGUGGCGACUUCUCUGGGGGGCCGGCCUCCUCACCAGUGGGGGUGCGAGAGAAUCUACGUAGACGGGUGAAUCAGCCUUAGUUUCGAUCCUUGGGUGUCCCAGUUGAAUCGGAAGGGGACCUCUGGGGUACAGAGCUCCUUUCACAGGGGGCUCAGGCUUCCCUGACUCUCCCUUGGUCUCUGGCCUGGGCCAUCGAGCCUGUCUGCACAGAACGAGUCAUGAUCCUUGUUGCCCGAUGUCUUCUCAGGUAGCGGGGCGCAUUUCCAGGUGGGGCGUGUCUGUCACCCACCUCACCCUCCCCAGAAAGUCUUCAAGAGACACAUCCGUUCCCAUCUCCCUCAGAGGUAGAAAGACAAAGCAGCUCCUCCAGAGGGGGCCAGGCCACAGGAGCAGGGUCUCUGCACAGCCUGGGAUGGGGUGUGGGUCUGGGGCCUGCAGCCAAAGUGCACCCAGCUGUUCUUCGCUCCCACACCCCUUUGCUCCUGUGGCUCUGAGGCCUGGAAGCCAGGGAGGAGGCCCUGGUGAGGGGCUCUCCCCAUGUUUCAUCUGCUUCGGAGGAGGGACUCCCAGGGCGGCUGGUCUCCCGAGUCUUGACCACAGUGCAGAGGGAGGCCUUUUCAUCUCCUCUUCUCCAGGCCACUUGUGGAGGCCCCCUGAAACUUCUUUGUCCCACCACACUGGGCCUUGGAGCCUGCUCUUUCUUUUCACCCAGUGAUCAUGCUCAGACCUUGGAUUUAAAAGGAACCCCCCCCCCCCCCACUCGCCUAGGAAGCUUAACUUCCUGGAGCCAGGAUGCCCCAUCGCAUGGUGUUUAGAAAACCGGCCUCCACGGCCCCAUACACUGUGGGUGGAGAACUGGGGCACGUUUCCCAAGAAGUUCCCCUGUUUUCUUGCUCUGCUCUCCAGUGUGGGCCAGGCUAGAGUCCACUUUCCCUAAAAACAGAAGAGGGCUUCCUAAUUCUUGCUUCAGGAUCCCUCCCCCAUGCGAGCUGCCCGGAGUGUCAGCCCGCAGGACCCGGUGAGGGAUUGCAGGGGUCACAGCUCAGCUCUUGGGCCAUUCACUCGGGCUAGGGGCCCCUCCGUCUGCGUCCCCAGGAGACACCAGCCGCCCACAUGAGCCAAGCUGUCGUGUGGAGGGCAGAGGUCCUCGCAGCUGUGGCUCCAGUCCCUCCCAGCUGCUCCUUCCUCUUGUGUCGGCGGACUCCGUCGUCCUUUGGCUGUACCUGGAAGAUUCGUUGAGGAAAGCCGUGGAAGCCUCUGCUCACUGUGGUCAGCUGGGGCACCUGGAGAUGGGUGUAUUUAUUUGCUCAGGGCGGGUAGCCUGUGGUAAAGAGGGGUCAGAGGCGACAGGCGCACUUUGUUGUGCUUACCACUGGCUUUAUUUAAAGUGGUGGCUCCGAGUCCCGGGCCCUGACCCUGAAAGACUUUUCACAGCAGAUGUUAAGACCGGGGGAAACCAUGCACUGGCCAUGGACCACACCCCAGGGGAAUGCCACAGCCCUCCAGGGACCUGCACACCUGCCCUUCCGGGUAUUUGACAAGGGUCCCUGAGGCCAAGGGAGGCGACCCCCUCCCUCCUGAUUUUGACUUUGUGGUUCUAUAAAACCGUGUUCACUCUCACUCUCUUACAACCACAACAGGGCCGUUGCAUCUGGCAUGUCAGUGUCUUGCCCUGGGCAGCUCGCCCGCCCGGACACUCUCUGUCUGGUCUGGCUACCCACCAAGAGGGCAGUUCUCAUUUUGUAAUUGGGAGAAGAGCCUCCAGCUUAAACGCUCUUCAUUUUCUUUGGUGAGAAAGUAUACGGUUUAUGUUGUGUUUUGUUUUGUUUUAAGGAUGGACAUUUAAUCUCUGGUUGGUGUCCAUGUUCCCCCCGCAGCGGGUGGAAUGAUGGCUGAUGUCUCUCCUCUCUGUCUCACCUUCUGCCUGCUCGGUGCCCUCCUUUUCCUCCCCACUGGGCAGUGGGUGUCUGGUUCCUUCCCAAAGUGCUUACUUGGAAAGAGUGUGGCCGCUGGCCUCUUUCAGAAGAGCUCCUUUGAGCCAGGAGCCUGGCAGGGACAGGAAGGGGAGGGGUCCAUGGAAGGUUGACAUUUUGGGGAAGAGGAGCGCUCAGGUAAAGCGUGUCUCCUUCCCAGGCCUAAGAAACGGGUGCUUGGAGCAGGAGAGGGCUGCUGCCUGCUCAGUAUCUGUCAGGAAUUGGGAGUCUCCUUGACUCCCUCCUUGGGGCCGACAGCCAAAGAGUGCAGCUCCUGGGCUCAGAUCUUUGACAUCUAAGGAGCACUGGAGGCUAGGGAAGCCAGCAUAAAUGGCUUCCUGUCAGUUUAUGAUCGCUUGGGAAGCACAUGCCUUCCUAAGCUCCCUGUCUUCAGCUUCGUGGCAGCCUCAUUGCAACCUCAGAACAGACAAAUCAUGAAUGAGCUAGAAUGUUGAAAGAAUAUACAUGUAAUAAAUGUAUAUCUAGAAAUAGAAAUAUAUAUAUUUAGAGAGAGCUUUCAUGAUGGCUAGCACCUUGUGGAGGACCUGGGUAACUCUUACCCUUGGCCAAAGGAAGGGGUUUGCCUGUCCGGGUCCUGAGGUUGGGGAGAGCACUGGGCAGUGACCCUUGACUCUGGAUAAGCAUCGCCCUGCUGAGGGGGACUGCUGGGGCCCUGGGCAGGCAGCUCAUACAGUCCUCCAGCCUGAGGUGGGGUGGCAGGCCUGGGAACCAGCAGAGGAGGGCCCCUUUGUGCUGGGCAGCUCUCCAUCCACGGCCCUGGGAGCUCUGCUCCCCGUAACACAAAGGGCCAGGAACCCCUGGUUUUUGUGGCAAAGCCCCACCCCAGAGCUCCUUUAACAUCUGUUAAUUAAGUGCAAUAAAUUUUUCUAGAAAAUGGCAAAGAUGACUUCCAGGUGGAUAUUGCUAUCUUACGGUGUUGGGGAUGCCAGAACACCACUUGGUUUUAUUUUUCUAAGUGCAUGUGAUAGAGUGUGUGGGGCUCUGCGUCCUCCCCUGGGAGCCGGCAUUCCAGCGGGCCCCUCUCCCCUUUACCCUUGCUGGGUGAAGGAGGCAAGGAGGAAACCCCUUCUGCCCAGCGGGAGAGGGCAGAAGCAGACCGUAGCCUGUUGGCCUUAUGUGCGUGUGUGCGUGCGAAUGUGUCGCUGCUGGUAGGCUGGAGUGAUGUGGCAGGGAGGGAAGCCGGGAAUGUGUCCUUUUCCAAACAAAAUUAAAUAUUUUGAGAUGAGAA